CUGUGGAGCACUGACCACUGAAAUCGGUUGCCUCGUCCAGGCGGCCAGAAGCGUCGCGUAACCGGUGCUGCCAACCUAAGCAACUGCACGGCGAAUUUGCUAAGCUUCGAUUCCGUCCCCAACUUCACCAAUCUCGACCCGCAUUACCAUCCACGAGUUCGCUUCCCCAAUCGCGCGCAUCUGGUCCCCUUGCAGGCACAUCUCCCACCCGCGAUUCAAAGCCUGUAGGAAACCCAACGAACGCCAGCACAGAUAAAAGCACAAACUCGUGCCUGCUCGCCAACUCGCCAACUUUCUCCGGCACCGUCGCCCCCAUCCGUCAUCAUGGCGCAAGACAGCGAUCUGUCGAAACCGUCCGACAAUGCCAAGGGAAAGGCUGUCGACACGGAGCAGAAGAAGCCAGACGAGGCACAAAAGGACGGCGCCCCGCCAGCCGCCAAUGGAAAGAAAGAUGAUAGCAAGGCUGAUUCUUCCGAAGAUCUCAGCGAAGAGGAUCAGCAGCUCAAGAACGAGCUUGAUAUGCUCGUUGAACGCCUCGCGGAAUCGGAUGCAUCCCUCUAUAAGCCGGCCCUCGAGGCCAUGAAGAACUUCAUCAAGACGUCGACUUCCUCGAUGACGGCGGUACCAAAACCCCUCAAGUUCCUUCGGCCGCACUACGCGACCAUGACAAAACUCCACGACGACUGGCCCAGCGGCGAUGACCGGACAUCUCUGGCCGACGUGCUCUCCGUCAUUGGCAUGACCUUCUCAGACGAGGAUUGCCAGGACACACUCAAGUACAGGCUGCUCGCUCCCACACAGGAUAUCGGCUCUUGGGGCCACGAAUACGUCCGGCACCUGGCCCUCGAAAUUGGAGAGGUCUACGGAAAGCGCAUCGCUGCGGACGAGCCGACCGCCGAGCUUGUCGAUCUCGCACUGGUGCUCGUACCACUAUUCCUCAAGACCAAUGCCGAGGCUGAUGCUGUCGAUCUCAUGAGCGAGCUCGAGAUCAUAGACGAGCUGCCCAAGUUCGUCGACGAGAACACGUACGCCAGGGUUUGCUUGUACAUAGUCUCAAUGGUGAACCUGCUCACUUACCCCGACAACGAGCAGUUUCUUCGCGUGGCGCACGGCAUCUACAAGACGUACAACCAGUAUUCUCAGGCCAUGGUGUUGGCAAUUAGGCUCAACGACAUGGAACUCAUCGAGUCAGACUUUGACGAGGCAGGGGACCCGGCGCUGAAUAAGCAGCUUGCGUUCCUCAUCGCGCGCCAGAGGAUAUGGCUCGAGCACGCCAGGGAAACAGCCGACGAUGAGGAGAUCAUGGAAAGUCUCUGCAACGUUCGUAUGACUGACCACUUCAAGUCUCUCGGAAAGGAACUCAACAUUCUUGAGCCCAAGACCACUGAAGACAUCUACAAGAGCCAUCUCGAGAGCAGUCGUGUCGCUGGCAUGACCAACUUUGAUUCUGCUCGACACAACCUGGCGGCGGCUUUUGUGAACGGAUUCGUCAACGCGGGCUUCGGCAACGACAAGAUGAUGCUGGUCGACAAAGACAAGGAGAGGGAGAGCUGGGUCUGGAAGACCAAGGACGAGGGCAUGAUGUCUACGGUGGCGUCUAUGGGGACGCUGCUGAUGUGGGACAUCGAGGGCGGCCUGGACCAGAUCGACAAGUACACGUAUACAAAUGAGGAACAGAUCCAGGCCGGCGCCUAUCUUGCUAUUGGCAUUAUGAACUCGGGUGUCCGGCUGGACUCCGAGCCCGCCAUGGCUCUCCUGGCCGACACCGAAAGGCUCAACCACAAAAACCCGCUCAUCCGGGUGGCGUGCAUCAUGGGCCUUGGGUUGUCGUAUGCCGGCUCCAACCGGGAGGAAAUUCUCUCACACCUUCUGCCCAUCAUUACUGACACGUCCCAAGAGAUGCGGAUAUCUGCCAUGGCUGCUCUGUCUUGCGGGUUGGCAUUUGUCGGAUCUAGCAACUCCGAGGUCAGUGAGGCUAUCAUUACCACACUACUAGAUGACGACCGGAAGAGCCAGUUGACCGACAAGUGGACCCGUUUCCUUGGACUCGGGUUGGGCCUCCUCUACUUUGGCCAGCAAGAAGAGGUGGACGUGAUUUUGGAGACCCUGAAGGCCGUUGAGCAUCCUAUGGCGAAGCCAACUGCAGUUCUUGCCUCGAUUUGCGCGUGGGCAGGCACCGGCGCCGUCUUGAAGAUCCAGGAGCUCCUGCACAUCUGCAACGAGCAUAUAGAGGAACCCGAGGAGAAGAAGGGAGACGAGCUGUUGCAAGCUUAUGCUGUUCUCGGUAUCGGUCUGGUCGCCAUGGGUGAGGAUGUCGGCCAAGAAAUGGUGCUUCGCCAGUUUGGCCACCUCAUGCACUACGGCGAGGCAAAUAUCCGGCGAGUGGUACCGUUGGCGAUGGGUCUCAUCAGCCCGAGCAACCCGCAGAUGAAGGUCUACGACACGUUGUCACGGUACAGUCACGAUAAUGACAAUGAGGUCGCUCUGAAUGCCAUAUUCGCCAUGGGACUCUUAGGCGCAGGUACCAACAACGCGAGAUUGGCUCAGCUUCUGCGUCAAUUAGCAAGCUACUAUCACCGCGACCAGGAAUCUCUCUUCAUGGUUCGCAUCGCACAAGGUCUUUUGCACAUGGGCAAGGGCACUCUCUCAAUCAAUCCCUUCCAUACAGAUCGCCAGAUCCUCUCAAGGGUGUCCGCCGCCGGCCUCCUCGCCGUCCUGGUAGCCAUGAUUGAUGCCAAGCAGUUCAUCACCUCGAGCUCGCACUACCUUCUCUAUUUCCUUGUCACCGCCAUGCAUCCCCGCUUCCUUGUGACCUUGGACGAGGACCUUAAGCCACUGACUGUCAAUGUCCGUGUUGGCCAAGCUGUCGAUGUCGUUGGUCAAGCAGGCCGGCCCAAGACGAUUACGGGCUGGCAGACACAGAGUACGCCUGUGCUCUUGGCGCAUGGCGAGCGCGCUGAGCUUGAGGACGAGGAGUAUAUCAGCUUGACCAGCACGCUGGAGGGUCUCGUCAUCCUCCGCAAGAACCCCAAUUGGGAAGGUGGUAAAUAAACGAUAUCUUUCGAAUGGGCAUUUUUCUUGCGGGUGUGUGUCAGUGUCACGGACGGCUAGGACUAGCCGGCGGGCGGGAUGCAUACAGUAUUGAGCCGUCGUAGCUAGCAGCCAUACGUCGUAUAGAGCGGUAUGGAGAGAGAUGGGACUAGGCGGGAACACGACUUUGUGCUUAUACAUUAAAGCUCUGUGCACCAAACACCUGUGGAGUGGCCAGUCCAUACGUGCAACGGACCACUCCGGCUUGGUUUGUGGUUCUCUAGCCAAAAAGAAAAUCAAAGAGAAGACGGUGGUAGGUAGACAGAAUUCAGCGAUUGCUGGCAGAGGAAUUGAUUGUAAUGCAUCAGGGAAAUGCACAGUCCUUCCAUGGCUUGGUGAAAAGAACAUAGGGAAUUAAUCUCUUUUGUUUAAACACUUACGGAGUAGCUCCGGUCGCAGUUGAAGCUGAGUGAGGUUCAGGAGGUCACUAUUCCAGGCAUAUCCGUGUACGU